CUCCCCUGCAAUAGGUAAUUAGGCUGCAGCCUGUAAUACAGCUACCGAGCCACAGCCCGUUGAGAAGCUUGGAACAUGAACCUUUGAAUCCUCUUGCCUUGCACUGUUGAGGGUAGCACCGUUGCACGCCUUGCAAGUUGCACGCCCUUGCCACCCACUUCAAGCCGCCCACUUCAAGCCUCCGCCUGCAUCGAUCUGAAAUAGAUCCAAAUCUAAUUAGUAGUCCCUUCGUCAUUCCCCACGUUACCGCGGAGUGGCGGCCAAUAUACCUUCACAUGUCCAACCCGGAGCUUCCGGAGACGUCAUCUCCUACCCACCCGCAGGACUACACUGCCCCCGACCGAAGUUUCUACACAUGGUCCAAUUUCUUUAAAGUCUUAUUAGCCGGUGCCCCGGAGGAGCGGCAAAAGUAUCUGGCGGUGAGGGAUGAGUUGCGGGAGGAAAAAGAUUGCAAGCGAUGCGAGUCGUUCAGAGAUUGGGCGUUCAAGCGGAGUCCUGUCGUCCGCUUUCUCCGCGAUGAAAUCAACAAGAUCGGCCCCGACCUAGGCCCCCAACACGUCCGAUGCAAGCGCUGCGUCCAUGGCACGAAGGGCAGUACCUCUGGUGGCUUCUCCCCGGACUACGGCAUCCUGCUCUGCGCGAACGAGCUGGUGAACAAGAAGCGGCUGGAGGACACGCUCGCACACGAGAUGGUGCACGCGUACGACCACGUGCGGUUCAAGACGGACCCGGAGAACCUCCGCCACGCGGCGUGCAUGGAGAUCCGGGCGUCGAUGCUCUCGGGAGAGUGUCGGUUCAUGCGGGAGUUCUUUGGGCGUGGGCAGUAUAAGAUCACGUCGCAGUUUCAGGAUUGCGUGAGGAGGAGGGCGACGUUGUCGGUGCGAGCAAGGAGGCAUUGUGAGGACGAUGUGCAGGCGGCGACGGCGGUGAACCAGGUCUGGGAGAGCUGUUUUAACGACACGAGACCGUUCGAUGAGAUAUAUAGGUGAUGAUGGCGGCUUUGUACGAUAGGGUGAAAGAUCAGACGGGCAUGUUUACGCUACAGACAUAGCUGAUGUCGACUGACACUGUACGAUUAGAGAUAUAUACUGCUGUUCAAGCAGGGAACGCCGAUGACCAACUAGAUGACUCCACUAUGAUCCCAAUGGUCCGGCCCGUUCAUGAUAUAAGUUGCAAAAGACCCCGAAUUCCGCCCGGUCUACUCCAAACGCCCCGAUCUAUGAUAUCCCACAUGAAGUUCAUACAGACUGGAUUCAAUCAGUCCAAAUCUCGUGCCCUUUCACUGCUCCGCGAAUUAUUCGACCCUAGACUUCUCUGGUGAGCCCGUUCGCCGGUGACGCAGUGCUUCAUGAUCCAGGGGUGGCGUUCAAUCUCCUCGAGUGCAAUGCG